AUUUACUUUAGAAAAAAAUCUACUCGCCAGUUGAUUCUGAUACUGGUACCAUUAAUAACUGCUGUUACGUGAUGAAUAAUUAUAGAGGAAGUCAAAGAAAUUUUGGAAAGAGAAAUAAAGUAAAAGUAGACGAUGCGGGUCUGUUUUGACAAUGUUUUGUUGUGCAGUCUACCAGUCUUCCUUCAUAGUCGAUUUGAACCUGUACGCUAUAUUUGGGAAACAGAUUUGUAGGCCUAUCCACCACAACUUAAUAUGUAAACCAGCCAGUCUGUAUUUCCCAUCCAAACUUAAGUUCUGGUGGAUGUAAAGAGCAAAACCCCAAAUCCAAAUUAAACCAUGAUUUUUUUCUGAGAAUAUUUUGCUCCACUAUGUCAAAUGACCAGAGUAGAAAAGUAGGACGUUAAACACCUUUGAUGUUAUUGUUGCUAUGAAGAUACUACCAAGGAAGCUUGUGAUACUCAAGAAUGCCAUGGUUCUAUACUGUUCGGGACAGAUUGUCUUCAAAUUUGACAGAAGAUUAGAGAUGAAUAUGACAGAAAACGAUGCAGAUAAUUUUAAUCUAGCAGGUGAAAUAGCGGCUGAGACCGUCAUAAGUUCAUCAGAGGUUGACUUUUACAACCAUCAAGAUUCAUGUACCGUUAGUAUUAGGAUGAAGCCCAGUGAAUAUUUAGAGAAUAAUGAGCAUACAGAAAUAAAAACUAACAAUGAUGUAUUAUGGCAAAAAAUAGAGGGUCAACAAGGUUCACAAGAUAAUAUCAACGAUCCUGUGAUAAGUCAGGUACCAAAAGAACAAUUAGUUAUAUCUAAUAAUCAAGAAAAAGGAUUAACUAUGGCAUCUAAGAGAGAAAGAAACAAAGUCAAGAAAAGAGAACAAAGACUUAAUCCGGAAUUCAGGGAAAAAGAAAGAAUAAAGGCUAGAGAACGAAUGAAAGAAAGAAGAGAAGAUACAAGAUAUCGGGAUUGCGAGCGACAGAAAGACCGAGAAAGAAGGAAACUGUUCAGAAAACGUAUGAAUUAUAUUACCCAUACGCAAGAUGACUUAAAUUUUGUACAAAAUGAUGGACAUAUUUAUUUAGAAAGUGACAUAAAUGUUCAACAGUCUCCGUGUGAAAUUGACCAAUCACAUCAAGGUUAUCCUUCAGAUAUAAUUGACCAAUCACAUCAAGGAUAUCCUUCAGACAUAACUGGCCAAUCAAAACAGAGGACUUGUACCAUUGAUAAUAACAGCCAAUUAGAUCAGUUGUGUGAGAACAGUGUUACAAAUAAUGACCAGUCAUUGCAUAUACAAUAUGAAACUGAUCAGAACUUCAUAUCAGUAUCGACUGGUGCUUCAGGAAGAACAAUACGAGUUGAAAAUCAGUUUAAUUUAUCAGAAGUUUAUAGUUAAUACCGAUUCUUUAAUAAAUGAUCAAAGCUUGUUCAGUUUUCUUAAAGAACAAAUUUACAUGGACCAUAAAUAAUGAACAUAGCUGUGACCAUGGAAUCUUUAAAGAGCACAUAAAAUGAUCAUAUAAAAGUGGUACAUGUAUGUGCUUGAAGCCAGUGUGAUUAUAUACACUUUACACCAAUUUCAUCAAAAUCCAGUAAUAAUUAAGCCAUAUAGUGACAUAUAAAGUGUCAUAUAUCCAAUAAUUUUAAUCAGAUUGAUGUGAAAUUCUUCUGAAGUGUACAAAUAAUCAAACUGGCUUAAAGUACAUCGUAGUUUUAGAUAGUCAUGUAAUGAAAUCUUUAAAACAAAACAAAUAGAAGAGGAGGAAUACGAGCAUUUUGAGAGUAUUGCUGAAGCAAUGCAUGUCCUCUACCACAGUCUAACAAGUUUCUGGCAGGCUUAUCUCCCCUACUUGGAGAUGUACCACAGUGUGUGACUGCUAGAGGUAGACACACAUUCUGACUAUUAAAUUUUGACACUUAUGCGUACGUUUCAGUGGAAGUAAAGUUGUUACAGCCUU